AUGCUUCAACAACAACGAUUUGCGAACGACUUUCAAUUCACUAACAGUAACAAUAACAGCAACAUCAAUGCUUCUCCGAAUCCCUCUAAAAGUACUGCGAGUAGUACUACGACCACCACUUCGACAAUUGACCACAGCGCAACCACUUUGAAUAGCAUUUUCCCUUGGAUAACCACCACGCCAACAACCCCGUCAAUGCACCAGCGAUCGGAAUCAUCGUCCAACAACAUCCUGGAACAGACCAGUGAUGCCGAUGAUCCAGUUCAGGAUCUCAGUCAGCGAAAUGCUGACAGCGAUGAAAAUCAGGUACCAUCUCUCUAG